AUGGAUGCCUCGCAGAACCCGGUCUCCCUGGACGUGCCAUCGCAGAUAGGCGUGGCCCCGACACAAUUGGAUCCAGAGUCGCAGGAGUCGCCCAUCCAGCCGGAGACCCCUCCUGCUAAGGACAGGGGCCGCUCAAUCCUCGACAUGCUCCUGCGGUCACCGCCUUCCACGCAGGAGAUGCUGGACGUGACGCUCCCAAGUGCACUUGCUGGCUCCUCGUCGUCAGCGGCGCCGAUGGAGGAGGAUGCUCCGCUGGCCUUCAGCACGCCUCCGAGAAAGAAGCAGAGGGACGGAAAAGAGGCCCGCGCCUCGCCUGCCCAGUUGUAUGCCGGAUACUCCGGCAUGCGGGGCUUCCUCAACAAGGUGGUGCAUGAGAACUUGCGCCUGACGGACGAGGAGCUGUCCACCAUGAAGAGCGAGAUCCAGAGCACUCUGGACCUAGACCUGGCCGAGCCGCCAGCCGGCGACGUGGCGACUGCUGAGGUCUUAGCCAGAGAAUGCUUAUCGCCUGAAUCGGGAGAAGGCCACGUCUGGGUGAGCCCGGAGAUGCACGGCUGCGUCACCGGCGCCUUCAAGAAUCAGAUCGACUGGCUGCCGCUCAACACGGGCUCCGUCCGCCCGACGCAGGCCGACCGUUUCUGUGCCGGUUCGAGCAAUCCAAACUUUGAGUUAGAGAGCUUGGGCAGUUUCUACUCGGCCGCGCCAGUCGCAGCCCUGCAAUGCCGCGGGCGAACCUGCGUGGUGCUUCAAGUCAAUGGUGGAAGUCAGAGCUUCAACAUUGUGAACGAGCUGAGACGGCUUGCUCGGUGGAUGCGCAUGCCGUGCUGCACGAACCAGUCCUCAGUUCCCAAGGCUUGGCAAGAGUUUGACGACGAAGGGAGGAUGAAGGACUCCAACUUUCGCGAUCGCGUCGUCGACGUCAUGGAGGAAUAUUACAAGUUCACCCUCAUCAUGCGUGAGCACGCAGACGCACUUGUGGAUCGCUUCUCCGAGCGGAAGGAGGUGGCGCAGAAAGGUCGGCUGCUCACGCAAGCUGAGAAAGAGAAGCUCAAAGAUGAAGCGGCUGCCGAAGCAGCGGCAGCGGCUGCUGGCAAAAGGAAAUAG